AGUGUAAGUCAUCAUUGGAUCCGCUGUCAACAGGGGAAGAAGAAGAAGAAGAAGAAGAAGAAGAAGAAAUCAAGAAAAAUAUACAGAUAAGAGAUACAGCGAGCUGGGAAUGGCGAGCCUUGGUGCUGAUGGGGGGCUGGAUUGCCCGGCCUUGCUUGGCUACUGCUCCGCCAACAUCGAGGGUUUCCCUCUCUCUCCCUCGGAUUUCUCACUCUCAAAGUUUGGGCAUGGUCAAUCAAAUCCUACGUUUCUCAUGGAAGUUCGAGCGGGUGCAUUGAUCAAGCUAUAUGUGCUGAGGAAGAAGCCCCCAGGGAAAUUGCUUGAAUCUGCUCAUGCCGUGGAGAGAGAAUUUCAAGUUUUACAGGCAUUAUGCUCUCAUACUCUUGUUCCAGUGCCCAAAGUCUUCUGCUUGUGUGCUGAUUCAUCUGUAAUUGGAACUCCAUUUUACAUCAUGGAAUACUUGGAAGGACGCAUAUAUAUAGAUCCUUCUCUGCCUGAUUUGGCACCUCACAGGAGGAGUGCUAUAUAUCAUGCAACUGCAAAAGCAUUAGCUUCUCUGCAUUCUGUUGAUGUGGAUCGCAUUGGUCUAGGAAAAUAUGGACGUCGAGACAACUACUGCAAGCGUCAGGUAGAGAGAUGGGCCAAACAAUACAUUGCUUCAACUGGGGAGGGGAAGUCCAAUAGAAAUCCAAGAAUGAUAGAGCUGGUUGAUUGGUUACGAAAUCAUAUUCCUCUUGAAGAUUCCUCAACAGCAACAUCAGGCAUAGUUCAUGGUGACUAUCGGAUUGAUAAUCUUGUAUUCCAUCCCACUGAGGAUAGGGUGAUUGGUAUUCUUGACUGGGAGUUAUCCACCCUUGGAAACCAAAUGUGUGAUGUUGCAUACAGCUGCCUGCACUACAUUGUGGAUGCACGACUUGAUAAAGUAGGGCAAGACGAAGGUUUUGAAGCUACUGGGAUACCUGAAGGAAUUCCUUCACUGGCAGAAUAUCUGGCUGACUAUUGCUCUGCAGCUGGAAAACCGUGGCCUGCUGCUGACUGGAAGUUCUAUGUUGCAUUUUCCUUGUUCCGUGGAGCAUCAAUUUAUACUGGGGUACAUAGUAGAUGGAUUAUGGGCAAUGCCUCAGGAGGUGAGCAUGCCCAACAUGCAGGGAUAAAAGCUGAUGUCCUCAUAGAUACUGCAUGGUCAUUUAUUGGACGAAAGUCAGUACUUCCCGAGCACUCUUCAUCUGGUGCAGCAGUGCAAGGUCGUAUAGAAGAGUUAGGAAAUGAGGUUGAAAGUCAAGACCUGUCUCACGAGAUGAGGAAAUUUGUUCCUAGCAAGAAGGUUCAGGAAUUUAGAAUAAGACUAAUUAAGUUCAUGGAAGAUCAUGUAUACCCUAUGGAAAAUGAGUUCUACAAACUUGCUCAAUCCACCAUGCGUUGGACAGUGCACCCAGAAGAGGAGAAUUUGAAGGAAUUAGCAAAGAAAGAAGGAUUGUGGAACCUAUGGAUACCUUUUGAUAGUGCUGCUAGAGCUAGAGAAUUACUACUAGAUGGGAGAAAUCAGUUUCCAAGUCACAAGGAAUGCACUAAUUUUCUGGGUGCUGGCCUCUCAAAUCUUGAAUAUGGAUACCUGUGUGAUGUUAUGGGCCGUUCUAUUUGGGCACCACAGUUGUUCAACUGUGGGGCACCUGACACUGGAAAUAUGGAGGUACUAUUGCGUUACGGGAACAAAGAGCAGUUACAGGAAUGGCUUAUUCCCUUGCUUGAGGGGAAGAUCCGGUCUGGCUUUGCAAUGACAGAACCUCAAGUUGCAUCUUCUGAUGCGACCAAUAUAGAAUGCUCAAUUAAAAGGCAAGGGGAUUCAUAUAUUAUCAAUGGGAAAAAGUGGUGGACCAGUGGAGCAAUGGAUCCUAGGUGCAGACUUCUUAUUGUAAUGGGAAAGACUGACUUCACAGCCCCCAAGCAUAAGCAACAAUCAAUGAUCUUAGUAGAUAUUCAAACACCUGGUAUUUGCAUACAGAGACCACUCACAGUAUUUGGCUUUGAUGAUGCGCCUCAUGGGCAUGCAGAAAUAUCCUUUGACAAUGUAUGUGUGCCAGCCAAGAAUAUUUUGUUGGGAGAAGGGCGUGGCUUUGAGAUUGCCCAGGGUAGGCUGGGCCCAGGAAGGUUGCACCAUUGCAUGAGACUAGUAGGUGCAGCCGAGCGAGGCAUGCAAAUAAUGGUCCAAAGGGCUCUUCAGAGGAGAACUUUUGGAAAAUUAAUUGCUGAGCACGGAUCAUUCCAAUCCGAUAUUGCCAAGUGUCGCAUAGAGCUGGAGAGAACUAGACUGUUGGUCUUAGCAGCAGCAGAAGAGCUUGAUCGACUUGGAAACAAAAAGGCACGUGGGACCAUUGCGAUGGCAAAGGUGGCAGCUCCGAAUAUGGCGCUACAAGUGCUCGACUUGGCGAUGCAAGUUCACGGUGCAGCGGGCUUAUCUUCCGACACAGUCUUGUCCCAUCUCUGGGCAACCGCAAGAACGCUGAGAAUUGCUGAUGGCCCAGAUGAAGUCCAUUUGGGAACCAUUGCUAGAUUGGAGUUACAGAGAGCCAAGCUCUGACGAUCCACAAGCAAGGUCAAGAAGAAGGAGGCUCUCUGCCCGCCCGGGUCCUCUUUGAUUAGAAAACAGAAGAAAAUAAUAAAUAAAGUACUGCUACUGAUUGUUCAAAACACAAAUACAUCUUGGUUUGAUUAGGAUUUGUCUUGGAAAUAGCAGAUGUAUGCAAGAGAAAUCGAAAUAAUGCAUAGAAAAGCCGUGAUUGGUUGAAACUCUUAAAAAAUGAAAACCGAAGGAAUAGUGUUUUAAGUUAAGGGUUGUGAUAGAUAUCAUAUAUCAAUAGGGUUAAUUAUACUAAUUAAUAUUCAACUUUGUAUUAUUGUUUAGUCACUGAACUUUGAAAUGUUACUUGUUAGUCACUAAA